AUGCAAUUUACGGAGCUGGUCUUACUUCUCCUCGUCACCCUCGUUGCGGGUACAUCGAGUUCAUUCACGACAACAAUCACGCCUUCCACUUGUCCUUUCCGCACGGUUAACUACAUUACCCAUAGUCUCCCUCAGCAAUGCCUUGCAUCUUCUCGGAAGACCAACGUUACGUCCGCAACGAUCGAACCCACUGGCUCUCUCAGCGAGAAUACCGUAUCUUCUACCUCUUCUGCAACUGACAGUUCUCAUCCGACUUCCUCCCCAUUGGCCCUGUCUACUAUUCGUUCACAAUCCAAGAACAAUUCCUCGGUUCAAAUUGCGCACACCUCGCAGGAGCAGCCAACUCCGGGCCCUUCCCAGACCGAGUUGCAUGGUACUCCGUCAGGUACAGGCCAUGAUGUGUUGGAGGAAGAUUCUCCGCUCGAAGACGGAAAAUUCCUAUCUUUUGAGGACUGGAAGCGAGAGAAUCUCAAAAAGUCGGGUCAGUCUGAACAUAUUGGCAAGGGACCUGGAAUCGAAGGUCGAGAGGCGAGGAAACGACCCGCGCCUCUGCGGGAUUCCCUCGACUCCUUGGGGGACGAUGCUGAAAUAGAUUUGGACUUCUCUGGCUUUGUUUCUGACACUCUCGACCCUCCCAAGCAGGGUCAACCCAGGGCGCAUCAGGGGAUCCGCGACAGCUCGGUCGAGAUGGAACCGGGGCGUGGUCCGAGAGCCGGCGCGAGGAGCAAAGACGCCGGCACAACCUGCAAAGAACGAUUCAACUAUGCCUCUUUUGAUUGCGCUGCCAAUGUUCUGAAGACCAAUCCGGAAGCGAGAAGCGCCUCGGCCGUGUUGGGUAAUAACAAGGACUCUUACAUGCUCAACGAGUGCUCGGCUCAGAACAAAUUCUUGAUCCUGGAACUGUGCGACGAUAUUUCAAUCGACACUAUUGUGCUGGCAAACUUCGAGUUCUUCAGCUCAACUUUCCACACUUUUCGAGUAGGCGUAUCUGACAAGUACCCAGUGAAAACCGACAAGUGGAAGACACUAGGGACUUUUGAAGCUCGAAACACCCGUGAGGUCCAAGCAUUCUUGGUUGAGAAUCCAGUCAUUUGGGCACGCUAUCUGCGCAUCGAAUUUCUCACUCACUAUGGCAAUGAGUUCUACUGCCCCGUCAGCCUCGUCAGGGUUCAUGGAACUACAAUGCUGGAGGAGUACAAGCACGAUCUUGAAUCAGUCCAAAUGGAAGAUGAUGGUAAAGUGGAGCACGAAGGCACUGAAAAUGCAGAAGAUAGACCUGUGCCGGAAGCAGUGGCCGAGCGGCUUUUGACAGAGGCCGAUGUCCUCGAAAACUCUAUCAAGACUGCUGAUCCAGCAACUACAUCAGAUCCAUCCCAGAUGGAAGAUUCUCUCAAUACCACUCAAAACCUCCUUGAAGUUAAUAAAGGCGCAAUCUCCACCUCGCCAGCGCUUUCGUCGAGAGUCUUCAAUGAUUUGGCGGAUCAAAACCAUCCGCUCGACAUGUGCAAGCCCAAAAAAGGCAAUGCAAGCACAACUUCCGAUGCUCUUGAUCGGCAGCAUGCCACUCAGUCCCCUAAUUCGGAGGCUAUAAACUUUGCCAUGGAUGUCCAGGUUCCAAGGUCCAUGGGAACGGGCAAUGUCACAAUAACAUCCAUGGACGGGUCAGUCACGACGUCUAAAUCCAAUUCCAUGGUUGAUUCAGCAGCUGCCAACGCUUCGUCUGUUCCCCCUACCAGCAACAGUUCGAGACCAUCCGUGUCCUCGACGCAGGCUGCUCACCCCGCCCCAACAAUGCAAGAGUCGUUUUUCAAGUCGGUUCAGAAGCGCCUGCAAACACUUGAAUCCAACUCAUCCCUGUCUCUUCAAUACAUAGAAGAUCAAUCUCGCGCACUUCGAGAUGCAUUCCACAAAGUGGAGCAGAGACAGCUGGCCAAAACAACGUCUUUCCUCGAACAUCUCAACACAACAGUCCUCAAUGAGCUCAGAGAGUUCCGCCAACAGUACGACCAGCUGUGGCAGUCGACGGUCAUCGAGCUUGAGAUGCAGCGCGAACGCUAUCAACAGGAAAAUAUCGCCAUCAAUGCCCGGCUCGGCGUACUUGCCGACGAGGUCAUCUUUCAGAAGCGAAUGUCUUUCCUGCAGUUGAUUCUCAUCUUGGUAUGCCUCGGGUUGGUGUUGUUCUCCAAGGGGAAUUUGAACAGCUACCUUGAGCUGCCUCUGGUGCAGAGUGUCUUGUCCAGAUCUCCGAGUACUCGAUUUAUUAAUGUCUCCAGCCCCGACACGCCUUCACAGAACUCUCCAGUGUCAAGAUCUAACUCAGCGGGAGGAGUGCGGAGGCGUCUGGGGAUUUUAAAGGGCCAUCGGCGCUUCCCUUCGGAGGACUCGGUUGAGAACGCGUUGAGUCCCGCCGAUUUGUACUCACCGCCGACGCCAGUCAGCUUCGGGGAUCCUUCAUCGGACGGCGACGACAAAGAGGACGGUAACCGACUUGGGGAUCCCCAAUUCGACCCCAGUCUGAUUGAACGACCUAGUACGAGCCCACCAGUGCUCGCCGGGACAGCAGCGCCUACUGAAUCGGAAGCUCAUGUGGAGGUCACGGACAAUUCCAUUGACACGGUGCUUCUUGGACCCCCAUCAGAUGGCAUACAAACAACGCCUCCUAUUGUACUGGUCGAGGAUGCUACGCCUCCUCCGAAACAUCUGAAGUGGCAGCUGCCAGAGAGCUAG